CAUACCAGACCACAGGGUACUCUGGGCUCUGUGUGUGUGUGUCACUGGAGCCAAGGAGGGUGGGAGGGCUUUCUACAACUCCUCAUAGAAUACCAGUUGCUGUCAUCUUUUUCUGUCUUCAUCCUCAUCUCCUGACUCUAUGUCUUACUGUCUUUUUUCCCUUUUUCUUUCAGUUUCUCUAAACAUUUUUGCUUCAAUCUGGUUCCGAGUCUAACUUAUCCAGAACGGUCUGCGUAAAUAUGGUCAGCAUCAGUUUGCAGCGCAUUGAACAACAUCAGCACAACUGGAAUUAAAUUGUCCAAACUGACAACGGGAGAAGCUUUCACCUGUCAUAUUUUAAAGAAUCUGCAACCGCACCUACGUUGCUUCCUCAUCCCCAACCUCCCGAAAGCUGUGCACCCCUCCAUGCUGACAGAGAGAGUCCCUGUCGGCCUGAUGUCCUCUGUUGUAGCCCCAGAAAAGCCCACCUCCAACACCAUGGGCCCCAAAGAGGUGGAGCUGAUCCUGGUGAAGGAGCAGAAUGGGGUUCAGUUCACCUCGACCACCAUAGUGGCUCCGACUCCUACUCAGACCAAACCCAGUGGGGAGGACGAAAGGGAGACCUGGGGGAAGAAAAUCGACUUCCUCUUGUCUGUGAUCGGAUUUGCCGUGGACCUCGCCAACGUCUGGAGAUUCCCCUACCUCUGCUACAAGAAUGGAGGAGGUGCAUUCCUGGUGCCAUAUCUGUUCUUCAUGGUGAUAGCAGGCAUGCCUCUCUUCUACAUGGAGCUGGCUCUGGGACAGUAUAACAGAGAGGGGGCAGCAGGCGUCUGGAAGAUCUGUCCCAUAUUUAAAGGUGUAGGCUUUACAGUGAUCCUCAUUUCCCUCUACGUUGGUUUCUACUAUAAUGUCAUCAUCUCCUGGGCGCUGUUCUACCUCUUUUCCUCAUUCACCAGCGAGCUGCCGUGGGUCCACUGCAACAAUACUUGGAACAGUCCUAACUGCUCCGACUGGGCUGACAACAGCUCAGUCAGUGAUAUUUACAAGUCCACCCCUGCUCAGGAGUACUUUGAACGACGGGUGCUCCACAUCCAGGACAGUAAUGGUAUUGAUAACCUGGGCCGUCCACGCUGGCAGUUGACUUCUUGUCUAGCUGUAGUGAUUGUUCUGCUCUACUUCAGUCUGUGGAAGGGAGUCAAGACAUCUGGAAAGGUUGUGUGGAUCACAGCCACAAUGCCCUAUGUAGUCUUGACUGUGCUGCUGGUCCGCGGAGUCACUCUGCCUGGAGCCAUCGAUGGCAUUAAGGCCUACCUCUCUGUAGACUUUCUCAGACUCUGUGAUGCCAAGGUCUGGAUUGAGGCAGCGACACAGAUCUGUUUCUCUCUGGGAGUGGGGUUUGGUGUGCUAAUUGCAUUUUCCAGCUACAACAAAUUCAGCAACAACUGUUACAGAGAUGCCAUCAUCACCAGCUCCAUCAAUUCUUUAACCAGUUUCUUCUCCGGCUUUGUGGUCUUCUCCUUCCUUGGGUACAUGUCCCACAAGCACAACGUAGACCUUGACAAAGUUGCAAGAGAUGGUGCUGGUUUGGUGUUUGUCAUUUACCCAGAAGCCAUUGCAACAUUACCUGGAUCAUCAGUGUGGGCGGUCAUCUUUUUUAUCAUGCUGUUGACACUGGGAAUUGACAGUGCUAUGGGUGGGAUGGAAUCGGUGAUCACGGGGCUGAUUGAUGAGUUUAAAUGCCUCCACAAGCACAGAGAGCUGUUCACCCUCUUCAUUGUUUCUGCCACCUUCCUCAUAUCCCUCUUCUGUGUUACAAAUGGUGGGAUGUAUGUGUUCACUCUGCUGGACCACUUUGCGGCAGGGACAUCAAUUCUCUUUGGAGUGCUUAUUGAAGCCAUUGGCAUUGCAUGGUUUUAUGGAGUGGACCGAUUCAGUGAUGACAUUGAAGAGAUGAUUGGUCAGCGACCAGGCAUGUACUGGAGGCUGUGCUGGAAGUUUGUCAGCCCCUGCUUCCUCCUGUUUAUGGUGGUGGUGAGCUUUGCCACGUUCAACCCUCCAAACUACGGCACCUACACGUUUCCUCCAUGGGCUAACAUGGUGGGGUGGUGUCUGGCUAUUUCCUCAAUGUCCAUGGUGCCUCUAUACGCCAUCUACAAACUCUGCAUACUGCCUGGGAAGUUUUGUGAUAGACUGGCCUAUGCUAUCACCCCAGAGACAGAGCAUCAUUUGGUAGACAACGGGGAGGUUCGGCAGUUCACACUGCAUCACUGGCUGGUGGUCUGAAAAGUACAGAGUGAGAGAGAUAAAGAGACUGAACGAGUGUGUGAGAGAGAGAGAGAGAGAGAGGUUAUGGACUUUGGGUGGAUGAAUGCAUGCGCAGCAAAGGUCUGAAGAAAUAGGAAGAAAAAAUAAAUAGCCAUUUGAGUCGAUCAGGGUGGUGGUGGGAGGUUAAAAGUGCCGAAAAAAACUAUUGCAGUGUGCUUUAAAUUCAGCAGUGGGUGUGUGAAGCUGUGCAUUGACCCUCUCCACCAUUGUGUUGACACUAGUGAAUGGGAUUCAGUCAAACCUAUAAUGUGGUGUUCAUACUGCUUCUGUCAUAAAUACAUAACUCUUUAUGAAUGGGAUUAGAAUGGCAUUUAUUUGAGGCAAGUAGGCAGAGUAAAUAAAAAUUGGUUUAUGUUCAUUGGGUGAAGACUUAGAAGAGUUAAUUUCCAAACUGCCGGAUCUGUUUUUGGAAAUAACUUUUUCUUUAAGAUCAUUUGUAUUUGUUCUAUACUUUCUCAGUUAGUUAUCUUCAAGCAGUAGGUGGCCUUUUUAUUUUAUUUUCAAUUUGUCACUCUCAAAACAAUAUUAAUGACAGUAUAUUUUUUUGUAAGUUGUAGUUUGUAAUUUCUUUUUAGCUGUCAGUCAUGAUGACAUGAUGACAUAAUGCAUGCCACAGGUUUCACUGAAUCCCAGUCCAUGUCUUGUUUAUUAUAUUUCAUUAUGUACUUGCUCUUCUUAAAGACUGUUAUAAUACACACAAUCCCUGCUGACUUUGAGAAAAAUACACCUACUUUUGUUUACACCAAAACAAUGUUCAGGAAAGAACAGUUGCUACAUCAAUAGACCAACAUAACAUCAUCUGAAUAAACUAAAACUAUGUCUGAAAAAACAUUAUCUGACUUCACUUCCUCUUACCGCUGUCCACCUUUAGUCAUGUUGGAUGGACCAACAGAAACAUAAUUUGACCAGUAGUGCAGUUGUGUAGGGUUGGUUUAUAGUAAGACUGUCCAACAAAUUCCAACACAUUGGUGAAUACAUUCUAAAAAAAUACUAAAACUGAACCUAUCUACAGACCACUUCAUUGUUAACUUUAUCUUGCCGGGUCAAUCUCUCUUCCGCAUUAUAACAAAUCAGUGCCAUUGCACAUUUCAUUUUAGUUUAAUUGGACGUUAGUUGUGUGUUUUAAAGUUUUCAGGUGAUGAUUUGAAAGCUAUGACUGUCAAAUUUCCAGAAAGCAUAAAGCUUUAAUGUUACUGUUUACAUAAUCUUAUUAAGUGUUUCAAGACUGUUUAAAAGCUGCUUUGUAUUGAGCUGCAAAUGGAUAGUGUGUAAUGUAAUAUAUGAAGUAAUUUAAGUUAUAUAUCUGUGUAAGUAAAUGUAAUGUAGAGGGGCUUGUAUCGUAUUGUACUGUAUGAUAUUGAAUAACAAGACCAACAAGAUUAUAUAUAUAUAUAUAUAUAUAUAUAUAUAUAUAUAUAUAUAUAUAUAUAUGGAUUAUUGCUUUGUUACUGUGAAGUUGAUACAUAUUAGCCUUAAGGACCUUGAUGAGAAACUUUCUUCUCAUGAACACUUUCUGUUAAAUCAGAGACCAUAUACAUUUUUUUUCAAACUUGUCAGCAAUGACUUGUUGUCACCUUGUGGUACAUGUAACACACUGAAGGAUUAAUUAUGUCCCAAACUGUAUGCCUGUGCUGCUGUACUGUGCCUUGUGGUGUUUCUGACUGUAUGACUUUUAUUUGUACUGUCAAAUAAAGUAUAAUAAUUCAAUUAUUACAUUUAAAA